ACAGCUUUAUUUAGUUUACUAUAGAUUGUCAGUGGUAAUGGAGAUUCAAAAUAGCUAGUGUUGUCACUUAAUUAAAUUUGGGGAUAAAUGGGUGUAAUUACUAGUUCUUAAAUUGCUUCUGGAUCCAUUAUUUUCUCAAGGCUACCGUCAUCCUAAAUUGGAAGAAAAUGUGGAUGUGGCAUCCAGGUCAAAUCUUAGAACAGUCUAUUUCAACACACUGGGAGAAAGGAUCGAUAAAUAAAAUGAAGUAUAUAGAAUAGACCAGUGCUGUCUUUCCAGUAGUGCUUAGUUUGAACAAUUAUGUAAACAUUUUCCUAAAGUAAUUUUCGGUAAGUGAUUUCAUAAAUUAAUUAACAACCAGAACAAUUUUUCAUACUGGAAUGUGAACUUCGGAAAUGGAGCUCUUAAAAACACUUAUCACAUCAUCCGAAAAAGCUGCUAACAUCGCAAGAUUGCUGCGGCACAAUGAUAAACUUUUCCAAAAGUUAAUUGAACAGAAGCCGAUCGAAGAGGCCAAUCCACGAUUCCAAGAGGAUUUUAAAACUUUAGCAGACGUGUUAAUUCAGGCGAUGGUUAAACAUGACGUGGGACAAAAAUUUCCCAGCAUGGGCGAAAGAGUGUAUGGGGAGGAAAGCAACCAUUUUUUCAGCAAGAAACUUAACAAAGAACUUAUCGUAGAAGUGAAAUGCAAUUCCAUAGACACAGCGCUUAUGCUUGCGGAAUUGCUCAACGACGACAGAGAAAUUGCCAACAUUUUGGCCGAAGAGAUUCACAAAGAUGUAUCAAUUGAAGAAAUCAAUACCAAAAUACUUCCCGAUGAAACAAUUUCGUUUGAUUUAGAGCAGCUCAGCAUUUGGAUUGACCCCAUAGAUGGUACAAAUGAAUACAUUCGAGGUGGAUAUGACGAAAAAAUUGAAAAUGUUUAUCCAAAAGGGUUAAAGUGCGUCACAGUGCUUAUUGGAGUUUAUAACAGCGAAGGACAUCCUGUUAUGGGAGUAGUAAACCAACCGUUUUUUGAGCAGAGAAUAGAUGAAGGAUUUCAGUGUCAUUGGGGAGUUUGUUCCCAUGAAAAUGGAUGCACGAAAAGACUAUCAUCAUUGGAGAUUUCUCCAGAACGGAAGAAGAGUGUGGUCAUUUGUACUGGUGGUACGGAAAACAUUAAAAUACUGGAAACACUUCGCAAAAGCGGAUUUAAAUUAAUUACGGCAUGCGGUGCCGGAUAUAAAUUAUUAACGGUCAUUUUAGGUGUGUCCGAUGCUUAUAUCCUCUCAAAAGGCACAACAUAUUUAUGGGACACGUGCGGACCUCAUGCUAUUUUAUUGGCGUUAGGUGGAGGUAUCGUAGAGAUGGCUGGCAUUAAAAGCAAUCAGCGAAAUGACCUAAAGUACAAGGAACCUGAAAAUUCCAAGUGCAACAAGCUCGGAAUAAUAGCAUAUAGAAAUACUGAAGUUUUGGAAAAGCUGUUGCAGCUUCCAUGGGAUAAUUAUUGAUAAAUCAACGAACCUGUACUAUAUCGUAUUUUAUCUAUAUGUUUUAUAAUAUAUGCAGCUAUAAUUAUACUAUGUUACAGUUA